GUGUAACACGUGAACUUGUUCUAUUUAUGAAUGACAUUUGUACACAAAUAGUUAUUUUGUGUUUAAUAAAGUAGUUUUGAUCAAUCGUACACUUUUAUUGACAAUUUAAAUAACUAUUAAAUAUGAGUAAGACUAAUAAAAAGCAGAAGAAAGCUGCUGCUCUGAAAGAAAAGAGAAAGAAAACUAUGAUGUAUAAAACUAAUUUAACGACUAUUAAAAAGAAAACUAAGACAAACGAAAUCAACAAUUUAAAAAAAAAUAAUGACAUACCCGAUCAUAUAAAGAAUACAAAUGGCAUUAGCUCUAAUAACAUAAAACAAUUGACAAAAAUAAAAAAUGAAGCAAUAAACAGUAAUAAAUCUAAAAAAAAGAAAAUGAGAAGGAAUAAAAUAAAAUUGGAACAAGCUAAUGGCAAGGAUAAACAGAAUAAAGAAAGUGUUAAAAAUAGAUCAAUGUCUCAACACAGUCAGACAAAACAAUUAAAUGCAAAAAGUACAAUAAAGAAAAAAAAUGAUGAUUCUAUGAACAAAAUUCUGAAGCUAAAGAAAAUUACAGAGAAAAGAGUUAAACAUACAAAAGAUGAUAACUUUAUUUCUAUUGAUAAAACAAAAUCAUUUAAUGAUAAAAACAAUAGUAAAGCUAAAAAAUAUCCUAAAAAUGUUCAACUUUUAAGAGAAAUGCUGGCUACGAAAGAAAAAUCUGAAGUAAAGCAAAAAAAAAUUAAGGAAAUAUUACCAUUAAGGGAAAGAAUGAUGAUGAAAUUAAAAGCAUCAAGAUUUAGAUAUUUGAAUGAAACUUUGUAUAAUAAUACUAGUAUACAAUCUAAAAAGUAUUUUAAAGAAGAUCCUGAUUCUUUUAUAGCCUAUCAUGAUGGAUAUAAACAGCAGGUUGCUCAGUGGCCCUUAAAUCCUUUAGAUGUGAUAAUAGCAUCUAUUAAAAAUAUGCCUAAUGAUUAUAUAAUAGCUGAUUUUGGAUGCGGAGAAGCAAUGCUUGCAGCAUCGAUUCAACAAAAAACACAUUCAUUCGAUUUAAUUUCUGUAAAUGAAAGAGUAGAAGCAUGUGACAUGUCCCAUACACCACUCUUAACAAACAGUGUACACAUUGUUGUGUUCUGUUUAUCUUUAAUGGGAACAAAUCUUGGUGAUUAUAUAUUAGAAGCAAAUAGAGUUCUUAAAAAGGAUGGUAUUUUGAAAAUUGCUGAAAUCGAAAGUCGAUUUGAGCAUAUAGAAAACUUUAUUAAACUUUUAAAUGAUUAUGGUUUUGUGAAUACAUGGAAAGAUUUAUCUCAAAAUUUAUUUUACUUUUUGGAUUUUAAAAAAGUAAAAGAUAUUACUACUAAUAGAAAUAAACUGCCAACGAUUACUUUAAAGUCGUGUUUAUACAAAAAGAGAUGAAUAAAUGAAGUAUAAUAAUA